GUUCAAUCUAAGCCACCCCCUACAACUUUGAACAAAGAAGCUUUUAAACUCACCUUUAAAGUUACACCAAUCGUCUGUUAUCUACAUAAAUUGCUCCUCUUGUCUACUCUUUUUUCCCUUUCAUCUCUCAUAUCCAACUUCUAUUGCUGUUCUUCUAAUUGUUUCCCCUCACAACUCCUUAUCCAAACACAUCUUCUCUAAGCACACACCAACAAGUCACCAUGGCGUCCUACAAGAUUUCUGCGCCGGACGAGUACCUUGCCAUCACUGGCAUGGGUAUUCGUACCGUUAGAAUCACCAAAGCUGCCUGGGUGUGGCCGUUUCAGCGAUACACUCGUUUCAGUGUGCAGCCCCACGACUAUGCCAUGGAUCUCCAGGCAAUGACAAAGGAGAAACUACAGUUCUCUCUCCCUGUUGUAUUCACAGUUGGACCUGACGUCAAUCAGCGUGGGGCCAACAUUAAAGGAGGAGUCACCGCAGAAACAAUCUCACAUGAUGGAGAAGACAAUUAUGAGACGACAGGCCAUCAAGAAGACUCUGGAGACGCUCUCGUCAAGUAUGCGAUGCUUUUAGCUCGCUCAAACAGCGGCAACAGGGUAGUUGCAGAGCGAGAUCAUGUCGAAAACAUUGUCAAGGGCAUUAUCGAGGGUGAGACGCGUGUUCUGGUUUCCGGAAUGACCAUGGAAGAAAUCUUCACCGAACGUGAGGUUUUCAAGCGACGCAUCUUCCGCAAUAUCCAGGGUGAACUCCAGCAAUUCGGCCUUAAAAUUUACAACUCGAACGUCAAGGAACUCAAGGAUGCUCCCAAUUCCAUCUACUUCGAAUCGCUCUCCAAGAAGGCCCACGAAGGUGCAACGAACCAGGCAAGAAUCGACGUUGCCGAAGCUCAGCUUCGAGGUAACGUCGGUGAAGCCAAGAAGAAGGGAGAACAAGAAAGGGAGAUUGCGAAGAUAAAUGCAGAGACGGCGGUGCAGCGAACACUUCGAGACAUCGAGCGCGCGGAGGCAGAGGCGCGCCUCCAUACACAACAAGCUGCUCUUACACGAGAUGUGGAGAUUGCCCGGGUCACUGCUAAGCGCACUCUUGAGUCUACGGACGAGAAUUUGAAGCGAGAAGUCGAAGUCAAGCGUGCAGCAGCCGAGAUGGAACGUCUUCGAGCCCAAGAUGUCGUCAAAGCGACUAUCAUUCGUGAAUCGAAACAACAAGCCGCGGAUGCCCUCGCGUAUGAACUCAACGCCAAGGCAAAGGCAGAUUGGGAGGCUGGACAACGCGCUGCAGAUACAGACGCAUACAAAACUCGUGUUUCUGCAGAAGCAAACCAAGAGGCGAGCCAGCGAGGAGCAGAUACAGAGGUUUACAAGAGUCAAAAGGCCUCUGAAGCAAACGCAUACAAAACUCGGGUAACGGCCGAGGCAAACCAAGAGGCUAAUCAACGCGCAGCGGACGCUGAGAUUUAUAAAAGCCAAAAGGCUGCCGACGCAGAGGCAUAUAGGGUUCGUGUGACAGCCGAGGCAAACCAAGAAGCAAGUGUGCGGAGCGCCGAGGCCGCCCUUGUCAAGACCCUUAAAGAAGCCGAAGGUAUCACGGCAAUGGCAGACGCAUACGGCAAGCUCUCUGUUGCAUUUGGUGGUCCAGCUGGUCUUCUCCAAUACAUGAUGAUCAAGGACGGCACCCUUGUCGAGCUCGCCAAGGCCAACGCGAGCGCUAUUCGCGGAUUGGAGCCCAAGAUCAGCGUUUGGAACACCGGAAACCAGGGCAGCGGCUCGGAAUCAACCGAUGUCAUGCGCAAUGUUUACCAGAUGCUUCCACCACUGAUGACUACGAUCAACGAGCAGACUGGUAUCACUCUUCCUGAGUGGCAGUUUGGCCGACUCAACGCGGCUCAGGGGGCAAUGACAGAGAGCAAUGUCAAUGGAGCUGGAAAGAAGAAGUAAUGACGGGAGACAAUACUUUCUAUGACUUUUCAUUUGUGUGCUUCUCAAUUCACAUGUAUUAUUAAGAUGCUGGCGAUUGGGUUCUGGGUGGUGGUUUGAAAUGUUGCUUGAGCUUGCUUACAAUACCAGUGCGGAACGGAUCAAGAGACUGAUGACAUACCGUCGUUUUCUUUGUCUUUGUUAGUCAAUUGCUUUCAGUACUAUGCUAUUAAUGGUUACAUAUAAAC